CCACUAAGCAGUACUAUAUAGCGAAUCAUACUGUCUAGUUGAGGGUGGUGUUUAACUAAAGAGAUCAAUUAGUUUGAAUUUAGGACAUAGAUUUUGAUAUUAAUUUAAUAUGUUUAUUUUUAUAUUGCUCCACGUUUUAUGUGAUUGUGGAAUAUUAUAAGGCGUACAGGUCCUCUGGGAGCUUCUGAGCACCAAUUAAGCGUCAUAUGCAGAAUUAAACAUUUUAGCUAAUAAAUUUCUUUAUAUUACGUUUCUACAAAACUCAUGUUCUUGUUCCACGCACUUCUGCAUUUUGUGCAUUCUUCAACUUUGGUAAAUAUUAAGCAGAGUCAGCAAUGGCAGACAUUUCAGCAGCGUGGCUUCACAGAGGAAACCCGGAGGAGUCUUCAACAAGUUCGGACGCUGAGGAUAUUAUAAUCCGCUCGACGAGAACCCAGCCGGCAAAUCAGAGCUGCGGGAAGCGGGACGUGAGCUUAGUUUCAUCCGGAUGGUGCCCUAAGGAUAAAAUGAGAAUUUCUGUGCAGAAACUACGGGGAGCCCCGUCGUCAUCGCGCUUCACCGAGCCGUCAGUUCAGCAAGCUGAUGUACCUCCAGUCCUGGCAGCAAGCAAGCUGCUCAGCUCUCCCUGGGUUACGGGAAACAGAGGGUCACUGCACGGGAACGUCGCGGUCAAUCCGCAGCUUCCUGAUCAAGAUCCCUGGGCCCAUCAGGCUCCGAAUAAGAAGAAAAUCAAAGCAGUUAAAUACAAUUGGCCACCAGGGGGCAGUGCACCCAAAGGAGAAGACAUGGUGAUAUCUCAGUUUGCACCAGGAGGGAAGGAAGCAGUCCGUGCCGCCCUGAAGCAGAGGUCUCAAAGCGCCCCCUUGAGGCGGGAGGUAAAAGUGCGGCUAUUGGAGCAAGAAGUAACCCCUUUCUCUGAGGGUCAGCUCAGUGAUGGCUCCCCAAGAGAGCAUGUGACUGAGGGGGCGGCCUCUUUAGCUGCCGCUGUCACUGCCGCUGCCCUGGCCGCCACAGCACCACUCAUCAAGGCCCAGAGUGACGUGGAGGCCCGUGUGUCCCAGGUCUCUGAGGGCUUGCAGAAGCUCCGGGAGGCUGAACGGCCCAGGAACAAAAGCCAGGGGAGCGAGGCAGGGUCUCCGCUGACCCGCAUGUCCCGGCUGGAGGAGCAGCUUGGCGCCUUCACCCAGCAGAGGCUGCAGCACCUGGAGAGGAUCCAGGCACAACAGCUGGAGCUGCAGAACCGGCUUCUGGGCUCGGCGUUGGAUGCCAUGAGCGCCCGCGCCCCCCCACCUCAGGCCUCCUCAGCCACUCCCUCAGACGCGGACCUGCACAGACUCAGGCCACGGCGCAGUCCCUCCCCGCCACGCUGCCUUGUCCCCAUGGCUGCCUCCCGUCACCCUACCGCAGGGCCGUGUGGGAGAUCGCGCUCACCAGCAGGAAACGGCAGGCUUCUGGAGGAAAUUGCUAGCGAGCCAAUGUCUUGGGAGGGAAGGACGGGGUCCACGGGGGGAGUGGAUGUUACCAUGGGGAUGGUAUCCGGCCAACCAGAGUCAUCCAGAGCAUGCCGGCUGCAGCCUGAGCCCCCUCCGGCCUCCUUCCCCUCUUCCUCCCCCCUCCCAUCCUCUGUGACGCUGGAUGCUGGCGCCGGCCCGUGGACCUCUGCCUCUGCACGUCUUGCUCGGCCCAGGCCUGCUGCUGAGAAGGACCCCGGCCGGCUCAGAGCAGGGAGGGCGCCGGCACCGACCCCGACGCAGCUUGGCAGCGCAGUCCCCAUGGAAGACGGGGAGCCAGCCCAGACCAGCGCUGCUGGCCGUCCUGGUUUUAGCACCCUGCCGCCUCCUCUCCACAUCACUACGCCAAGAGAAGCUUCCUGUGUUUUCCGGUCCAGUUCUGGUCAGCUACCCCUUGCACCCCAGCCGUCCCUGCUGCGGAAGAGCCAGCCCGCCCCGUCAAUGUUCGAGGAGGCCGGCAGGGUCCUCCGGGAAAUCCGCCACAGCAAGAAGGUUCUGGAGGAGAACCUGGAGGCCGUCCUGCGGGCCAAGGAUGCGGAGACGCUGUACUCCCAGCUAGAGGCGCUGUCUGGCAACAGUAAUGCCACUGAGGAGCUCAGGAUAAAGCAAACUGUGGACGCCUGGAUCAGCACCCUGAGCAGGGACAUCCAGACUGAAAUGGCAAAGGAAGACACCGUGGGUAGGGGGGGCGAGAGGCCCACCAGCAUCGACAUCACUGCGAAAUACAAGGGAGCUAAAGGCCCCUGUCAGGUUGCCCCUAGGUGGGCGCCGAGGAAACCACCCGUGAGGGACAAGCUUCAAGGACCAGUCGACCGCACAGGGAUGCGCAAUCGGCAGUCUGCACCUCAUACUAAGGAGAAGCUGGCGGUGGUGGAGAAGCCACAGGCAGCAGCGAAGCCCGAACGUGAAGAUGAGGUGUAUCUGAUGAAGAUUUAUGGCAAGGCACUAUAUGAAGGCCAUCGGAGAACGCUAAAGAACAGCCCCUAUCUCCGAUUCAACUCUCCCUCUCCGAAGUCCAAAGGUCCACGGCCACGAGUCGUGGAAAGGGUGAAAGGAGUCAAGGUCAAGUCGGCCAAGACGCAGACCAGCCCCUGCUCAGGACAGCGUGUCUUCAGCUCACAGCCUCAGUACAUCUUCAGCCCCAUGCAAGAGGUGCCUGAUGACCCCAAAGGCCCCCGCACCCCCAUGGAGGGCUUCCUCAUUCCUAUGGCGAUCCCUCUCGGCCAGCCCCGGAUAGACGGUGAGCCACCCCGGCCAUCUAGCGUCAUCAUCGGGAAUCGGCCCGUAACAGUGACUACUUCUAUCCCUCCGACCAGCACCACCCGCAGGCCCAAUGUGGCGGUGCUGGAGGUGACGUCUAAGAAGAAAGCUCCCCCCCAGCUCCAAGUUCAGGUCCUGCAGGGUGUAGAUAUAGACAGCGUCUCAAGUCCGACCCCAGAGGCUCCUCCUGAACCUGCAGCAAGCAUCCAGACUGCGCCUCAAACGGCUGCCGGAGAGGAAGAGGGAGACGUCUUUCCUGGUACGGAUUUCCUGGCUGUUGCUGACAUAACCCAGGAGCCGGAAGCAGUGGAGGAUCUGCCUGUGCGGAUUGAUGGCCUGCCCAUGGCCCCGGGGGCCCCGUACCAUGGCCCUGUCUUUCCACCACAGGCCCCAGAGCCCCCGCACCUUGAAAACCCCACCCGGUCCACCAUUCAGCAGGAGACACUGGAGAACCGGCUGGUGAACUGGGUGGAGCAGCAGCUGAUGGCCCGCAUGGUGACGGAGCUGCACCCCUGGGCCGAGCCUGCGAGUCCCUCUCAGGAGAGCUGCUCUUCCGCUUCAGACAUCGUGGAGGCCGCUGGCGGGGAGGGCCUGCAGCUGUUUGUGGACGCAGGCGUCCCAGUGAAUUCCGACCUCAUCCGGCAGUAUGUGAACGAGAGUCUGGCCGAGAUGGUGGCCCUCUUCCUGGGGCAGAGACCCGCAGCCCCUGCUGGCCUGGUCGAGGACAUCCCUAUUCCAGAGGAACCCGUGGUACAGACCCCCGUGCCGACCCCCAGAGACACCCCCCCGCCUGCAGGCAGGACACAGAUCCCCUUGGGCACCCCAGAGGCCUCAGAGCUGGAGUCACUGGCAGAAUCGUGCCGGGAGCCCCAGGGAGUCGACCCCAUGAACACGCUGCCUUCAGAAUCAGAACGGAGUCCAGUAGCCACACCCAAAUGCACUCCCGUCCCCUCCCCUCCGGUGGUGGCCACGCCCACCCCACCCCCCACCCACCUGAGCCCCUCCGCAGGCUGCCAGUAUACUGAUGCCUGGGGAGACAGCAAGCUUCCCUUGGAGGAAGAGGCCCCACCCAUGCGGAGUGAGGAGCCAGAGGGCGGGACAGGGGUGAUGUCAGUGGCCAGGGAGGAGGAGCCUGUCAGCCUCAUUUCCUCCAUGCCUCCUCUUCCUGUGGAGGUGAUCCCGCUCCCUCCCAUGCAGACUCCUCCCCUUCAGCGUGCAGCCCCGCCCCCCAUUCCAACACCGUCGACCGAGGACAGCAGCACGGCUUCAUCCGUCACCGAGACGGAGUUGGUGGGGAGGCACAUAUCGGAGGGGGAGCUGUUGGUGAGCUGCGGCCAGAUGGUGGCGGCGAGAGGCCUGACGGAGGACAGGCUCACUGUCCCCAACCUGAAUGCCAGCCUCUCCAGCUCUCUGCAUGAAGUCCAGGACAUGGAUUACGACCCACCCAGUGAGGGCCAGGUGAUGAGGAGGCCACCCCACAUACAUCAGGAGCCUGCUAACAGGGGCCCAGUGCCCCCCCAAGAAGAAGCCUGCCCCACAGAGAGUCUCUGGGAUGAGGAAAGCAGUCUGGGGGAGGUCAGCAAGGGACAGCGCCCCCCUGUGGCUGUUGACGUUGAGCACGCACUCAGAGGACUCUCCCUCCUGGGGCUGGCAGGGCCCGAAAUGGGACGACUGUCUUCCCCAGGACAGGUGCCUCUACCCUCAGGUGUGGACCGUCAUCCAAUCAGCUCCGGGAAUCCAGAGGAGCGACCGACGGCCCCUCCCUCAUCCAGGAUGGUGGAGAUGGGCGACUCCCAAGACGAGAACACGGACAGCGAUCGGCAGCUGUCUGAGGCAGCAGUGUAUUUGGCAGAGAGAGCCGCUCCCAUCCUGGUGAGGCAGUACCAGCCACAAGCUUCAUCCCUUCAGGAAAGAGGCUUACAUCUGCAGGACGACAUUUCCAGCGACACAGAUGACUUUUUCCAGGACAGGAAAGGAGGUGUCAAGGUCCCCACCCCCCCCCUGGCUCGCCCCAGGUCCACGCCCGUCAAGCUGGCCCCUGCUGGACAGGAAGAGGCUUUGGCCAGCAUCAGCUCCAUCGAGGGGGACACCGAUUCCUCUGGGAACAAUUUCUUCUAACUCGCAGCCUUCCAAUCCACUCAGCUGAUGCCCCACAGUUGGUUCACAUCGGCCUCAGGGACCAGUCAACUACAUUUAAGACUUGUAUCUCAUAUUUUAAGAUUUAUGUCUUUGUAAAGAUACUAAAAGCUUGUUCUGUAUUGAAAUUUUAAGUGAACAGUUUUUUAUGGCAAUUUAAGCUGUUUUUUAUUUUCUCCCUGCUCCGUCAGGGUUUUAAGUUGAUAUUUUAAUGAUUUUUCGAUGAUUAAAGGCUUUCUGUUCCCA